GGCUGCCUCGCCCCGUUCUCCUCUAUACAAAGCAUAUUGUGACGAUGUGAAAUGUCGUUUUAUAUACAAUUGUCGAAAUUAUGAAUCGUCAUGUCACCUGUCGGAGAAAUCCCCGAACCGACAUAUCAAUCAUUAUGGUAAUUGGAGAGAGUUAGUGCCGCCGGCUGACCCACUAGUAUGAAAGAAAGUAGGUCGCGCGGCUAGCUCACCAGAGAAAGUGGUAGAUGGCAGGGCCAGUACUAUUUUUGGAGAAUUAGGAGAAGAAGACGAGACACGUGCGGAGAAAUUAGACGCCACAGGUGGAUAAUACUUUCGCCGCCAUUGUGCAAUUUUUACGUUUGCCGCGCUAGUACGUUAUUACAUCGCCGCCAGUAAAAUUUCAUUUUCUGUUCUUUAUUAGUUUUCGAAGUGAAUUUAAGUAGUGUACGAAGAAGUGAGGAGCGUGAAGCUCACCGUUGUAUUAUAAAAUAAAUUAGUGAAGUUGUAAAAGUGAUUGAUUAUUGUUUCCCCUUUUACAUUUCCUGGGGAUUAUUCGCAUCAUCGCCAGCACUCAGCCGAGACCGGGAGCUUGACGAGCUACAGGAGGAAUAGGAGGGACAUUUUUAAUCGUGGAUCGAGCGAAGAGCCGAGUGGAGAGGAGGUGGGCCGAGAGGAAAGACCAGGGAAGAGCCAUGCCGUACACUCCACCAGGGAGCCGUCGAGCGCGAGAUAGAAGCGGACGUAGACGAGAAGAACACGAACAUGAGAGGAACAGAACGGAUGGACGUGGAAGGCCACAAACCAGACACCGUCCAUUCCCAGAGUUCGACACCGGAAAUGCCAGAAUGGUGGGCCCAUCAUUCUUAUCAUUUCCAAUUGUUGAAAGAGUGGAACAAGAGCCAUUGGUAGUCCGCCGUGUGAAUAGUGAAGAAGAACCAGGGACGUCAUCGGAAGUAGGAAGGAGAGCCAGUCUAGAAGAAAAAGAAGGUGCCGUAGGUCUGUCAAUGGAACCGAUUUUGUCACCAGAGCACUGGGCAGAUCUAAGUGAACUUGAAUCAUACGAUAGUGGGCCGAAAGCAAAAAUUCGACCUGAUGGUGCUGAGGUAGUAAUACCGUACCGUUGGCCGGCUGAUCACAGACAGGACGAGAGCCAAGAGGAAUACGAGAGCCGACUUGCUGAACAUGAGUUGGAGGCAUUCCUCAAUCCAAAAGGACCAAUGACCUCGGUAUGUUUGGAAAUGGUCAGAGCCAAACAACGUAAAGCCUUGAAAGAGAGAAAAGAACCGGUGCUAAGAAAAGAGGACAUGGAGAGCGGAGAGCCAACACCAAGGGCUCAACGUUCCCACUCACCUCAGCCAGGGCCACCGGUUAGACGAGCAGUAGAGACGGGUACACGUCCCAAAGAGCCCCAUAGAAACAGCCGAAAGCCGGAUCCGCCUCCGUUUUGUUGUUUCAACUGUUGGGAACGUGGCCACAGAGUAGUAGACUGCCCUCAUCCAAUUCGACAUCAAUUUUGUCGAAACUGUGGACGUCGGGAGACGACAAUUAGAAACUGCCCAAGAUGCGCCGAAGCAUAUCAUCGCUUCGCAGGCUGUCCAAGGCGUUACGAGGAAGUAGUGGAGACUAAUGAUACGAGAUCCGAGACAAAUGAGAUAGCAGACGUGAUGAUCGAGUCCAUCGUGGAAGAGCCACCAGAGGAAGAAGAGAGACAAGCAACCCUGGAUAAAGAAGCACCAAAACCAUUGGUAGGAGAAGAAUCGGAGAACGAAGAAGAGCGAGGAAACAGCGUUCACCAGGAAGAACAUGAAUCCGAAUCAGGAGAUGAGGACUUGGUCACGAAACUAUUGGAACUAACUAGAGCACUGGCGGGACUUCCGACUUCAACAGUAGAUCUAGCAGUACGACAACUGUUAGAAGAGAGAAAAAAGUCGAAGCAGAAGAAAGAAAAGUAGAACGGGAGUACCGUUGUCGUGUAGAAGAGGAGAGCCAGAGAAAGAGUAGGAGAGUCGUUGUUAUAUAGAAAAGGAGAGCCAGAGAAAGAGCAGGAGAGCCGUAGAGAGAGUAGGAGAGCCAGAGGAAGUGGGAGAGCCAGGAGUAGAGCCAAGAUUAUCAUAAUGAUGACGGUAUGAUGUAAAAUAAUACCGGUCAUGGGGAGGGGAUUGUGACGAUGUGAAAUGUCGUUUUAUAUACAAUUGUCGAAAUUAUGAAUCGUUAUGUCACCUGUCGGAGAAAUCCCCGAACCGACAUAUCAAUCAUUAUGGUAAUUGGAGAGAGUUAGUGCCGCCGGCUGACCCACUAGUAUGAAACAAAGUAGGUCGCGCGGCUAGCUCACCGGAGAAAGUGGUAGAUGGCAGGGCCAGUACUAUUUUUGGAGAAUUAGGAGAAGAAGACGAGACACGUGCGGAGAAAUUAGACGCCACAGGUGGAUAAUACUUUCGCCGCCAUUGUGCAAUUUUUACGUUCGCCGCGCUAGUACGUUAUUACAUCGCCGCCAGUAAAAUUUCAUUUUCUGUUCUUUACUAGUUUUCGAAGUGAAUUUAAGUAGUGUACGAAGAAGUAAGGAGCGUGAAGCUCACCGUUGUAUUAUAAAAUAAAUUAGUGAAGUUGUAAAAGUAAUUGAUUAUUGUUUCCCCUUUUCCCUUUUCUUGUGGAUUAUUCGCAUCAUCGCCAGCACUCAGCCGAGACCGGGAGCUUGACGAGCUAGAGGAGGAAUAGGAGGGACAUUUUUCAUCGUGGGUAAGUCGUUUGCCAGUCUAUUGCCAGUCGUGUCUCGUCGUUGGCAUUUCUGCUUGCCAACAUUGUUCAAGCAGAAUUUCCUCUGACGAUUGAGAGCGUCUCAGAGGGGUCGUUGUUUGUCGAGUUGAUUGUUAAAGAGUAGAGUAGUUUAUUAAUUUAACUUCAAAAUUAAUUGGCGCCUGACGGCGAAAUUUAUU